AUGGCGGCAAACAGGAAACAGCACCCGAAGCAGCAGUUGAGCAUGGCGGCGAGCGCCAUCGCUCUACGGGGGGUCCACCUCUUCCUGAGCGCUGGGCGGGCUGCGGCGGAAAGACGCGCUGCCCCAGCCCCCUCACCGCCCAGGAAGCCCCGCCUAAGACCAGUUGUGCCCACGAACAAGCUUCAGCAGAGGACCGUAGAGCAACUUCUGAAGAACUCCAAGUUCAGCAAAAACGAAUUGGAAGCUUUGUACACAAUGUACAGAAAACUGGUGACCAGCGCCCAAUCGGCGAUCCCGACCUCUGGCAUCGGUCAGCCUCCAGCUAAAGUUGACGGCAUAGAUCAGUCUACGUUCCGGGAUGUGAUGCACAGCACCUUCGAUCUGGUCACGGAGGAGGCGGUAUUGGAGCGGGUGUGGGCCACGUGGGAGAGGGGCGCGGGCGGGGGCGAGGGGGCAAUUAAGUUCGAAGCGUGGGUCCGAGGUCUGAGCAGGCUGCUGAGAGGAACGGACGAAGAGAGGAGGGCCCACUGCUUCGCCGUUUACGACUUGAACUCCGACGGCUACAUAACAAGAGACGAAAUGUUUGUACUGCUGAAAAAUUCGCUUUUGAAGCAGCCGGGCGAUGAGGAUCCUGACGAAGGCGUAAGGGAUCUGGUCGAACUGGUGCUCAAGAAGCUUGAUGUAGACAAAGACGGGAAAGUGUCUCUAGACGACUAUCGGCAGGCGGUGUCGCAGGAGCCUCUUUUGCUGGAAGCCUUCGGUCAAUGCCUACCAUCGAAGCGGCAGUCUAUCGCUUUCCUCAAAACUUUAAACACAAAA